GUCAUACCUCAAUUAAGAUUAGAUACUACGUUUGGAGAUGCUUCCCAGCAGGAAGAAAGGCUCAACAGUAUUUAUAUCGAAUAUUAUAUAAAGGAAAAGGUGCUUUCAUCAACAAGAAUUUACCCAAGUGGUUUCUGCGACCCACAUGGUGUUCAUGGAUGAGAUUCUUUGUGGCGGAAUAUUAUCAGUAGUGGAAGGGGUUGAAGUAGAUGAGGACGCAACAGAAGAGCUUACUGCGGCAAGAGACGAUGACAGGAAGGAACUUGAAGCAGCAGGCGAGUUCAGAGUAACAGAAGAACUUGGAGUAACAGAUACAGGAUCAGAAGAAUAUGAAGCAGGGGAGACUGGAUCGGAAGAGCUUGAAGGAACUGAUGAUAUAACAGUAGAGCUCGGGACAAUAAAGGGACUUGAUGCAAUAGGUACCGGAUCAUACGGGCUUAAAGCAGUAGAUAUUGGAACAGAGGAAGAUAACGUAGUAGAUAUUGUACUAGAAGAGCUUGGUACAGCAGACGCUGGAUUUGGGGAGCUGGAAGAAUCUGUCGUUGAAACAGAGGAGUUAGAGACACCAGACUCUGGAGUGGAGGAACCAGAAUUGCCGGGAAUUAUAAUAGAGUUAGAAGCACUCAAUUCUGGAGCGGAUGAGGAACUAGAAAAAUCAGACGUUGGAGUGUAGGAGCUGGAAGUACUUGACACUGGAGAAGAGGAGCUAGAAACACCCGACACUGGAACGGAAUAGAUAGAAGUACUUGAUUCAGGAGAGAGAGAGAGAGCUUGAAGCACUCAAAACUGGAGCAGAAAAACUGGAAGUACUUGACACUCUGCCUGAGCCAGGUAUUGGUGGAGCAAGUGCUAAUCCAGACUCUUGUUUUUGGCUUGUUGGUAUGUAAUAGCUAUUUGUUGGAAAAGCAUGAGUCGGCCUCAGCUUUCAAGCUACACUAUGUAGUUAUGCCUUAAGUGAAUUACUGUAUUUUCCAAUACUCGACUCCUCUAACGAGCUCAUUGAGUCGCUUUAAGGUCCCAUACCAUUAAACGAGGUAUACGUCUCUUCCAUUAAGAUCCUAACUAGUCG